CAGGGCGAAGUUGCAAGCAGAUCUAGAUGAUGUCGGAUCAGGUUCAGAUUGGACGGGCUCCCGGUAGUGCACGCAGGCCAAGGCUUUGGUUCCAGCUAGCACUUAUGUUGACGCUCUUAUUGAGCACGCAUACAAGCGACGCCGACGAGCAUAGCCACACGUAUUUCGAGGGAGAGGAAGUGGUCUUGUGGGUUAACACAGUUGGACCAUACGCCAAUCGUCAGGAAACGUAUUCGUACUUCUCGCUGCCGUUUUGCCCGGGGCCAAAAACAAGAAUAUCCCACUACCACGAAACACUAGGGGAAAAUUUGCUUGGCAUCGAACUACAAUUUCUUGGUCUUGAUAUUCGCUUUAAAAAGUCACAAUCAAAAGCGCAAUACUGUGAAGUUGAGCUUACAAAAGAGUCUUUGAAGGCGUUCUUGUAUGCCGUGAAGAGCACAUAUUGGUACCAGAUGUUCAUUGAUGACCUUCCUAUUUGGGGAAUGGUUGGCAAAUCGGAACCUGGUGAAGACGAUUAUAUCUGGACACACAAAAAGUUUGAAAUUGGAUACAACGGGAACCAAAUCGUUGACGUGAAUCUUACGUCGGAAGGCAUGGAAAAACUGGAGCUGGGAAAAAAACUCAAAUUCACCUUCGAAAUUGAAUGGAAACCCUGUGCUGUGAGUUUUAGGGAUCGAUUUGACAAAUAUCUGGACCCCACUUUCUACCAACAUCGGAUUCAUUGGUUCUCGAUCUUCAAUUCGUUUAUGAUGGUAGUAUUUCUAAUUGGACUAGUAGCUAUGAUCUUGGUGCGGACAUUACAUAAGGAUUACGCCAGAUACUCAAAGGAUGAGGAAAUGGAUGACAUGGAGAGAGAUCUCGGCGAUGAAUACGGCUGGAAACAGGUUCAUGGAGACGUUUUCCGUCCUCCACCGUAUCCGCUUCUAUUCACAGCUGCUGUUGGAACCGGAUCCCAGUUGGUCGCUGUCGCUUUAAUCGUCAUUAUAUUUGCCAUUGUUGGAGAACUUUACACCGAACGGGGUUCGCUCUUAUCUACAGCUAUCUUUGCGUAUGCAGCUACAGCCCCGAUCAACGGAUACUUCGGCGGUAGCCUUUAUGGAAAAAUGCAGGGUAAACGUUGGCUUCGUCAGAUGCUGGUCUCCGCCGCGGCUCUUCCUGGUGCCGUCUGUACUACAGCAUUCGCGGUUAACUUGAUCGCUAUAUAUUAUCAUGCCUCCAGGGCAAUUCCGUUUGGCUCAAUGGUAACUGUGCUUUCGAUCUGCGCGUUUAUCGUUUUGCCACUCACAUUAGUCGGUACAAUACUUGGAAGAAAUCUUGGUGGAGUUGCAGCGUUUCCGUGCCGCGUCAACGCGGUACCGCGUCCAAUCCCAGAAAAGCGAUGGUUUAUGGAACCGUUUGUGAUUAUCGCCCUUGGAGGCGUGUUACCUUUUGGCUCUAUCUUCAUAGAAAUGUAUUUUAUUCUUACAUCGUUUUGGGCUUACAAAAUCUACUAUGUUUAUGGAUUCCUUCUACUCGUGUUCGUCAUCCUAUGCGUUGUGGUGGCAUGUGUUACGGUCGUAUGCACUUACUUUCUACUUAACGCGGAGGACUACCGCUGGCCUUGGACGUCCUACCUGGCAGGAGCUUCCACUGCCGCAUAUGUAUAUCUGUAUGCCGUGUACUACUUUUUCUUUAAGACGAGAAUGUUCGGUUUGUUCCAGACAAGCCUUUAUUUCGGCUACAUGGCACUAUUCAGCCUCGGUAUUGGCUUACUAUGUGGUACAGUCGGAUAUCUAGCGACAAGUAUGUUCGUUCGGAAGAUUUAUUCUACUGUCAAAAUCGACUAAUACUGGGCAAAAAGCACAAUAGCAUGCAGACGUCUUUGGUGUCUAUCCACCCCCCGCGGGGGUUGUUCCUAGCCUAUCUAACACGGCGUCGUUAUUAUGACGUUCGCAGUGACAGCGGGAUGAUCAACUUACUACUAAAACCAUUUUAUUCAUACUUAUGUUUUCUUCACAUUUGUAUUUGGUACACUGUAAAACUAGAGAGUAUUGUAAACAGCAAGUGAAUUUUUCGAAAUGGGAAUGAAGCGUUCAAACUUUGGUCAAAAUCGUUGUAUCAAUAGGCGUUGUAGAUGUUUACAUGGCCCUCAUUGCGGUUAUCCAUGCUUCUUUGAACCUAGAAUACGCUUCUUUUCAUCAAAACCCUUUUGAAUUUGCAUAUACCAUCAAUAAAACGUUGCCGUUACUUAGAAUUUUAUUAUUAUUACCAACGUAAUUUGCGUAGUUUAAGUCAAGCGAUCUUUAGUGUGAGUAUAAUAGUCUACUGUGUCCCAUCGGCAAAUAAAAUAAAAGGGUAAUAUUUAUGCGGGACGACAUGUCUAUUACACAGAAUUGUUAGUUCCAAAGAGUUUGGUAGGCGAGCAAUAGUAAUCACUGCUGCACAUACUGAAAAGCCGCCACAUAAUUUUGCCAUAAUUUUUUGUAAAUGAUGUAUUCGUCAAGUUUGUUUAGCAAAUGAUACUGUCAGCAGUAUUUCCUUCGGAAACUGUAUGAUGGUUUAGAUCGGUCGUUUCGAUACUUCGAUCAAAAAACACAACUGAAUAUGCCUAUCUCAAACAGAUAUACAUCCAGAAAGUUAGCCAAAAUUUGCCCAUAGGUCUACUAGAACCAAACAUUGGCCCUAAUAUUUAUUGAACAGGAAUGUAGUUUAAAAAUAAUUAUACUGAUAUCCUUGAUAUAUUUUCGAAAAAAACUGGGUGGUGGCAACCUAAAUGAACUACCGUAGUGUUCUACAAGCAUCACCAGUGGUGAGAAAGUACAUCGAGUUGCUGCCGACCAUGGUCUCAGUCUUUUAGAAACAUCACUAAACAAGCGUUUUUUAAAUGAAGCUCCUUAAUAAUUGGAUAUUACGCUCAGAGAUUAACGAGUUCGUAUGAACAUCUCAAGCGUAAGUAUGAGAUGCUAUUGUUUUUCUCUAUCUAUACGACAGUGCUUUAUAUGCAUCGUUUAAUUUAUUCUAUAUAUUGAAAACUCAAGAGUUUACAAGUUUUGCUUCCAAGUUUUUUUCAUUUCCCAGUUAAAUGCUUCCUAAUGAUCUGUCAAUUUAAAUAUACGAGGUUUUGAAUAUUCGCAUUAGCAUUCAGCAAUUUACGGAACUUGAUUUAGGGCUUUUUACGGCUAACUUUAUUCCCAUUAUAUAGCUAUUUUUCCCAACGGUAAAACGACCUGUGCCCCACUUCGUGCAACGAAAUUGAAAACAACAAAGUCAAACGUGUGGUGUAGCUAGAUAUGGUGAGGACAAAUCGAAAAUAUAAAGAGUAGAUGCGACAAGUUGUGAGUCUCGUAGUGGGUGUAAUACUCCUACCCCCUCUCGCUUCCGUUUCUUGUACAGAACUUACUAGUUGAAGGAGAAAGAGUCAUUUGUAAAUAGUAACGUUGAGCAUGACUAGUGAAAAUAAUAUUUACAUCAAAAUGAUGAAAACAAUACAUGAGAAGGUUCGACCUUAGCGAAUGUACACCAAAGCGCGGUCAUUUUUAGGAAAUGGUCGGAGCAAACUAUUUCUAAGCAUGAUAUAAAAUUAGGUAACGACCAUGGAUUAAAUGUAGUGUACAUAUUGUGGAUCUACGGAACAGAUUCGAAAUGAAUAAUUAUUGACAAUAAAUGGAUUCCACAAUCAAGACUUGACGGCUAUUGUAAUAGUAAUAGGCUUAUUCAAACUGAAGUGAGUGGUACGCUACAGAACAGGAACAAUGGAAAUUUACUAUAUUUUAAAAAUGGUUUGAAGUGUGACAUUUUCAAGCGUGUAAAAGGUAAAUAAAAUUAAGU